AUGGGUGAAGCAGUGGCCGACCUGUGCCUACUUGACUCUUUGGCGAGGAAUGCUCUUUUGGAAUUUCAGCAAGCUCACCCGGUGGCUUCAUCUCCUCUUUCUACCCGUCCCCAAACCAAAUGGGAGCCUCCCCCCAUGGACUGGCUCAAAAUCAAUUUUGAUGGCGCUGUAUUCCAGGAUAGGAAUGAAGCAGGCUUAGGUGUCAUUAUCCGCAACGACCAUGGUCUAGUUAUGGCUGCACUAACACAAAUUAUUCUGCUACCCACUUCGGUGGAGAUGGUGGAAGUGUUGGCAGCAAGGAGGGCUCUCAUCUAUGCUUGGGAACUCUCCUUUGAUCACAUCAUCCUGGAAGGUGACUCGGACAUUGCCAUCCGUGCGAUGUCGAGCGAUGUUUUCUCUACUGCAAGUUUCGGCCAUAUCCUUUCAGACAUUAAGGCCCCGGCUUCUCACUUCAGGCAGGUGGUUUUUAGACACACUCGCAGGCAGGGAAACAAAGUCGCCCACAACUUAGCUAGAGCAGCUUAUAACUUUCAACCUCUAUGUACUUGGAUUGAGGAAAUUUCUGUAAUUUCUACUGCUGAUUACUUAGCAGAAAUCAUUAAUGAAUAG